AUGGGUAACAUGACCAUACCUAUGGUUAACAUGACCAUGCCCCUGGUAAACUCGACCAUAACCGAAAUUGGCAAUAUUAUAAGUUUCUUCAACAACACCAUGCACUCUAACAUCUCCAUGCCACUUACUGACGCAAUAAUACACACGGCCAACCUUACCGUGAGUGAAAUCAAUUCGACCAUACCGCAUCUCAACAUCUCGCUACCCUUUGUAGAACCCAUCGUAGCAGGGCUCAACUCAACUAUGACACAUCUUGACAUCACUAAUCCAUUGCAGAAGAUACAAGGAUGA